GGGCAAAAAAAAAAAAAAAAAAAAAAAAAAAAAAAAAAAAGGGGGGCAAAAAAAAAAAAAAAAAAAAAGAAAAAAAAAGAAAAAAAGGCGCAUCAGUUGCCCCCCAAAAAGUUGCUCUGUUUGCACUUCUGAAACUGCUGAAGCUGCAUUCUGAAAUCGGCUUAAGUGUCGUAAUUAGGGUUUCUAUAUCAUGGAAUGAUCGAGGUUGCUGUGAAAUUGGUCAAUUAGGUUGAAGUUACAUAUGGACGGAGAGCAGUUAACGGAGCAGGAGACAGCAUUGUACGAUCGCCAAAUUAGGGUUUGGGGCGCAGAUGCUCAACGAAGAUUGAGCAAAUCCCACAUAUUAGUAUUUGGGAUGAAAGGGACUGUUGCCGAGUUUUGCAAGAAUAUUGUAUUAGCGGGGGUUGGUAGUUUGACGCUGGUGGAUGACCAGGCCGUGACCGAAGAUGCAUUAUCUGCUAAUUUUUUGAUAUCACCUGAUGAGAAUGUGUAUGCUGGGAAAACACUUGCUGAACUUUGUUGUGAUUCUUUGAGAGAAUUCAAUCCAAUGGUUCGUGUUUCUGUUGAGAAAGGUGAUCUGUCAAGCUUUGGUGGAGACUUCUUUGAUAAGUUCGAUGUUGUGGUAGUCAGUUGCUGCACCCUUGCUACCAAAAAAUUGAUCAAUGAAAAGUGCCGGAAGUUAUCAAAGCGUGUUGCAUUUUAUACAGUUGACUGUAGAGAUUCUUGUGGUGAGAUAUUUGUCGAUUUGCAGAAGUAUAUAUACACAAAGAAAAAGAAUGAUGAAACUUCUGAAUGUGAACUACAAUACCCAAGUUUUCAGGAAUCAAUAUCAGUACCUUGGAGAAUGCUGCCCAGGAAAAUGUCAAAGCUUUACUUUGCCAUGAGAGUGCUAGAAAAGUUUGAAGAGGCUGAGGGACGAAAUCCAGGAGAAAUUUCUAUUGAGGAUCUUCUUGCUGUUCUUAAGCUGAAAAAGGAACUUUGUGAGGCACAGUCGUUGAAUGAAUCUCAUAUUCCUAAUGCCCUCCUGGAAAGAUUGGUGAUGGGUAGAACAGAAUUCCCUCCAGUUUGUGCCAUCAUUGGAGGAAUCCUUGGACAGGAGGUCAUCAAAGCAAUAUCUGGCAAAGGAGAUCCUCUCAAGAAUUUUUUCUUCUUUGAUGCUAUGGAUGGGAAAGGCAUGAUAGAGGACAUAGCACCUCCAAACCUAUGAAAUAGAGAAGCUUGUUUCUAUCUAACUUCGAUUUUAAUGGGCAUCUGUCUUCAUAUGGUGUCCCAUGUAGAACCAUUUUAAGUUGAUGAUUUUAUUUACCAGUAGAAAGCGACCCAAUUCUAGCCUAGAAAAAUUAUAGUUCAUUGACAGACUUUUCAACUGUUUUUGGACAUUAGGUUGCUGAUGUCUUAAUUAUUGCUUUCCAUUUUCAUAAUUUAAGCUCUAACAUCGAUGUUGUAACCAAUGUGUUGUCUUCCUUAAAUACCAGAGCUGAGAAAUGUUUCUAUUGAUGAUCA